AUGUGUUAUGUUUGGGCUGGAAUCGAUAUCUUUGGGCUUUUGGCCAUGUUUUGUUCUGGUCCCAUCCUCGAGGCCUAUGGGUACCGCGGCGCCUUUGUUUUCGCCGCGCUGCCGGCUGCACUGGUGCUGGUGCCAGUCUCCAUGGGCUGCUUGCAGGAGAAACGCAUCUCUUCAGAGGAUCUCACGCGCAUUCGUCGCCGCUACUUCGAGCAGCGCGAGACCUGCUUUCUUUGCUUGAUGAUGUUCUGCGGCACCCUGGUCAUCAUGUGCGUGGGUUUUUUGCAGCGUGACCCGUGCAUCAACUUUGCGGUGGCCUUGGUGACUGCCAUGUUCAUUUUGGGCGCCUGUUGCGUUUGCCUCACUCCUGUGGUGGCCAAAGCCAAUGCCUUUUCCGUUUUGUAUACAGGCUUCAAUGCGUCCAUCAGCGGGGCGACAUUCUACUUCUAUACGGACUCCAAGGACAUCUAUCCAGCUGGACCUCAUUUCUCUGACUUCUUCUUCAACACCGUCUUGGGGACGGUGGGGAGCGUCUUCGCGCUUUUGGGGAUCCUUUUCUACCAGCAAUACCUCAGCAGCAUGAGCUAUCGAAAGCUCAUCGUAUUCACGUCAUUGAUCAUGUUCGCUUGCAGUUUGCUGGACGUGAUGAUGUUUGCUCGACUCAAUGUGCACUGGGGCAUCCCUGAUCACUACAUGGUGCUGGGGCUCUCAAUUUUCGAGGGCGUCGUGAUGCAGUGGCAGUGGAUGCCUCAAGUGGUCCUCUUGGCAGCGCUGGCGCCUCGUGGCAUGGAAGCCACCAUGUUGGCGCUGCUGGCGGGGUGCCACAACCUGGGUGCCACCUUGGGUUCCAACUUCGGCGCGGUGCUACUGGAGAUCCUUCACGUGAAGCCACGAGGGCGAUCCGGCGAUGCGCAGCAGUUCGAGAACCUUUGGAUGGCCGCCGCCAUCAGUUCGGUGCUGCUGCUCUUGGUGGCGCUCUUCUUGCAAUACCUGCUGCCGGACUGCCGGCAGACCGAGAAGAUCACGGAGACCAAUCCCACAGAAAAUUCGCUGCUCCGCCGUUGGUUGAAGAGCUGA